UGACACACGUUGACGGAUAGUUAUGUAACAUCGAUAACGCUUCAAUUUAACUGUAAGUAUAAGAUUUCACUUUGCUAGGUGUAAUAUGUAUUUUUUAAUUAAUUCACACUUUGUUUCUCACAAACCGUUGUUUUCGUCACAUGAGGUUGUCACGGGAUUAUCAUGGUUACACGUCUCCAACCAUCAAGGAGGCUCUCAGGGAGUGACAACGUAAAUUGCAGCUCAGUGCGUCCGAAAAGAUACACAUUACUGUUUAUUCACACAAAAGUAUGUUGAACGAUAGUACACAUAUUGAGUAUGUAGUGCAUAGUAUGUGAUUUCGGAAAGUAAAAAAGGCAUGAUUCAUUUAACAAUAAAAGCAUGUUUCAUUUCAAAACAUAUGUCAUUCUUUUUUGUACAUUACCAUAAAAAAAUGAGUAUAAAUACAUAUUGUUUUUAUCUUUCAACCCUUUCUUUUUCAACCACAGUUCCCAGUACUGAGUCACUGUAUCACACUGAAGCGAUAGAUUUAAAUAGAGCUUUACUAGACUAGAGCCCAGCCUGGAUGAAAUAAAUAUCUGGAAUGACACAGUAAGGGCUGCAAUAAAUGAUUUUUUCUCGAUUUAAUUGAGUCAUUGUUUUUUAUAAAAUGUCAGAAAAUAGUGAAAUAUGUCCAUAAUUUAUCAGAGCCCAAGAUGAUUGAACAAUAGUCCAACAAUAUUAAUUUGGCUAUUAUAUAUAUCACAAAUCCUCACUAGGGCUGCAGCUAACAAUUAUUUUCAUUGUUGAUUAUUUUCUCCAUUAAUCAUAAAUUGUUUGGUCUAUAAAUGUAUGAAAAUGGGGAAACAUUUCGAUUUUAACAAAGCCCAAGAUGACGUCCUCAAAUGUCUUGUUUUGUCCACAACUCUAAUAUAUUCAGCUUACUGUUUUUUCUUAAAAAUUACUCAAACCGAUUAAUCGAUUAUCAAAUUAGUUGGUGAUUAAUUUAUAUGUUGAAGUAAUCGAUUAAGCGAUUAAUCGUUGCAGCUGUCGUCCUCACACUGGAGAAUCUGAAACCUCAGAAUGACUUGCUUUUUUUAAGCUCUAGAUACUAUGAUAACAUCCAGUACAGUCCUACUUUAAACCAAGCUUAAUGCUCGCAAUGAAGGAGGCAGUUGUACGUCUUCCUUCCUCUGCUCCGCACGAGUUAGAAGAGAUGUGAGCACGUGAAUAAUUGAGGAAUAACAUAGCACUAUUAAUAGACAACUGCAUUGUCGUUGUCAAAUUCCACAAAUUCAAAUAUAAUGAUUCCAAAAAGUGCAGCGAAAUAUGUUGUCGUCAUAUUCAGCAGUGCAGGCCUUCUCCGAGGUGAACUGUUGCCCUAGGUGAGAGGAAAUUGCGUCAUAAGGGGUUUGCAGUUUCACGUGGAGAAGAAAAUGAAAGUGUUACUUAAUCGUCAGCCAGGCAUGUUGGCAUGCGGUGUCUCUAUUUUCUCUUAUAACGGUGGAGAUAGCUGAGCUGUGUGUUGGCGGCGUUGUGCAGGUUUGAGGAAUCCCUGGGAUCUUCUGCUUCUAAUGUUGCUGUUUCCAUGAAGAGGAGCGCAAAGACAAGGAGCUCAUCAGCAGGGAGGCGGAGUCGAGACGUGUGGAACUUGUGGCCUCGUUGUCUCAGCCAAUCAGAGCCAACCACGUCACCUGGGGCGAUGACACUCACCGUCAACAGCCGCAUCACCCUCCGCCCCCCUUUCUCCAACACCCUCAAGUCCCCAUCGCCGUCAUCCCAAUGGUCCCGGUUGUCACCGCGACGCCCUCGGUCCCGCCCCUUCCGCUUACGACGCAGAUCGCCGCGGCGGCAACGUUGCUCAACGGCUCGCCGCAAGUCAAGAGCGCUUCCUCCCCUCCACAGCAGCAGCAGCCGGUCUCUCCUCACCUGUUGUGCACUCACCAGAUUAAGGUAGAGACUAGUCCGCAGCUGAUAAGUGUAAAGCCCAGCCAAUCACAGCCUCAGGUUCAGAUUCAGUACUCAACCUCCAUCAGCACUAAUGGCUCCGGCUCUCAACAUGCACUGGUUCCACAUCAAGCGUCACCUUCAUCUCAGCCGCGGCCCAAUGGAGUGACGAUGGAAGACCUGAGGGGGAUGGAAGGGAAGAGGAGACCUGGAGGAGCGGGGACCAGAGAGGUGCACAAUAAACUGGAGAAGAACAGGCCCUUCAGGCGAGCGCACCUCAAAGAGUGUUUUGAGACGCUGAAGAAGAACGUUCCAAAUGUUGACGAGAAGAAAACCUCCAACCUCAGUGUCCUCCGCAGCGCUCUGCGUUACAUACAGACUCUGAAGCGUAAGGAGAAGGAGUUUGAACACGAGAUGGAGCGUUUGGCCAGAGAGAAGAUCGCUACGCAGCAGCGGCUGGCCGAGCUGAAGAACGAGCUCAGCCAGUGCAUGGACGUCAUCGAGAUCGACAGAGUCCUCCGACAGACCAUCCAGCCGGAGGACGACCAGGCCUCCACGUCCACCGCCUCAGAAGGAGAAGACAACUUUGAGCAGGACAUUGACGAGGACGUCCUCACUCCUCCUGCUCUCACGUCCCUCCCCAAACCAACAGCUCCCAUCUUACAAGCCCAGGCGCUCCUCACCCCUCACCUGUCAAUCCAGCACGCCACCCUGCCUCUUUCUGGAAUCUUGACCACGUCCUCUCCCUGCGCUCCUCCUCACGCCAUCGCGCCAGCUCCAGCGCCAGGUCCGCCCCUUCCGCAGCCCGCCCAUCACAUUCAGCCGCCGGCGAUGCAGGUCCAGCCCACCGUCAUCGCUCACGCCGCCGUCUCCCACCCUUCAGUCAUCCAGGCAGUCAAUCACGGCCUGCCAGGAAAUCACAAGCACCUAACGCACAUCGCCCCGUCACCUGGCCCCAUCUCCUCCAUCCCUCAGUCGAUCGCAGCGGCACCAGUCGCCGCCACUCACCAGCCGAUGGCCGCCCAGCCCAUCGGACACAUCACCGUCCACCCGGUGGCUCACCUGGGAGGUCCCCUGCCAUCCCACCUCCCGACUCUCUACCCCCAGGGCGUGUCUGUCUCCCAGCCCACCAUGGUGGGCCACAUCACUCACACCUUCACCCAUCACGCCCUGCCGCACGUCCAGGCCAAUCCUCAAGUUAACACUAACGGAGCCCAGGUGAACAGCGCAGCCGUCAUCAGCCAGGGGAGCCCGUCGCUAGGGAAACCCACAGCGGUGCUGGCCCCCCACCCUCAGCUGGUUGGACAGGCUACCGUCCUCAACCCUGUCACCAUGGUGACGGUCCCAACUUUCCCCGUCGGCACACUCAAACUGGCCUGAAAGCGUUCGGAAAAAAAAGGACGGAUGGAAGUCAGUUGAAGGAGAGAAAGACUCAGAGCUUCUGGAUGAGUUUUCACACUCCUAUCAAUAAUCAAUAAUCAAUAGCAGAGAAUCUCUGACAGACAAAAAUUUACAAUAAAAACAUCAACUGUUUUUUUGGGACAACAUGUGAUGAAUAUCUCCAGAGAUAAUUCAGUCACAGCUCUGUUAGUUUGUGAACAAGAACAUUAAAGCAGAGUCAGUGGGUCAGGCCGUUGAUUGUGAAAAUAAGACUGUGACAUUCGUCUGCGCUGCAAAGACAGUAACUUUACCUUCCUUCCUCUCCUUCCUUCCUCUCCUUCCUCCUUUCCUUCCUCCUUUCCUUCCUUUACAACCAGAAGCACUAACAUAAUAAGCUCAGUUCACACUCAGGCAUCAAGGAUUUACCUUAACUAUUCAUCCACUCAUUGAGGGAAAAAAACGCACGAGAGAGAGAGAGUUGUUUGUCGUUAGGCUGUUGCCGUGGUGAUACAGUACGUGCCCGUUUUUGUAUGCAUAUAAUCAUGAUGUCACGUGGGACAAUAAUGUCACGGAUGUGUUUGAGAGCAGGAGGAGGGAGCUCGGUGGUCUCACUGGUCCAAAUGAAUUCCAGACAGGUGUGAAGUAGAUCACAUCUACUGAGUAGAGCUAAAGCGUUCACGCAGUUCUUCACUUUUUCACGACAGGAACACUGACAGGAACGUUGCUCAUUAUAUUGCCUCCAGUUUUUCUUGCCUCCGAUCUUGCUCCAUGAAGUGACCUUUGAGCCAACUUCCUCCAAAUGAAGGUUCCUCGCCACUGCACUUGGCACCAAACACCUAGCAAAUAGUUUCAGAAAAAAAGAUAGAACAGCACACUAAUAAGACCAGAUCCAAUCUGCAGUAAAAAAAAAAAAAAAAAAAGAAACAACCUCAUCGUCUUUGGUGUUCCAUUCAACAGUGGCGUUAUUUUAUCCACUUUUUAAAA